GCAAAUUUGGACGUACGAGGCAAUUCCGGAGUUGGGAGCUCGAUUCUCGAGUAAGACUUGUGACGAUGUCCCGAGGAUGUUGCGGUGGUCUGGCAUGAAACAACCUCAUUCCCGAACAUAUUCAGAUUUUUUUGAGAAGACAAAUGUGCACUUGUGGGCUACGCUGCGAGCAACUGCUGCAGAAGAAUUACAGCCGUACUUCGUCGAUCUAGUUCCGUUGGAAGACGCAGCCGACCCCGUUUUAGAUGAUCUUGUUGCUCAAUCAAUAGAAAUACAAGCUUGUCCAGUUGACGAUGAUGUCAUACGGAAUGAUGACAACAACCAUCGACCAAAUAAAUCCCAGAGAGGCAACAAAGGUGGACCUCGUCAUCGAGGUUUGCAUCUGGUUGAAGGCAGAGAAGAAGAGUAUGGGGAUCCCAUCGUUGAAAGACAUGUGUCUUUAAAUGAGAUAAGAGUUAUCUUGAAUGAGCAACAUGAGGCAUUUGAGAGCAAGAUGGGGGAUUUGAGGAAAGAAAUAAACACAAGAUUCGCUAGUCUCCAAAAUGAUCUGGGAGGUCAUGUGUGUGGUUUGAGAAAUCAUGUCACUGAUGAGAUGAAUGUUCUUCGACGAAGGUUUGAUGAAGUUGCUACAAAAAUUGGACAACACAAUGUUGGUGCUGAGAAUGGUGGAUUUGGUCAUGACAAUCGUAGUGGAGACGAGCCCCGACAUGAUGUUUUCACUCCCAAUAUUUUUGCAGACAGACAGGAUGUCGGAGAGGCAACCGAACCAGUUGUUUGCAAUAUCCCUGAUGUGUCCAUAACGUCAGGAGGUGGGGUUGGAGUACUUGGGUCAGUAUAUGUUGCUUGUGAUAUUGUGAAAGAGGCACUAGCCGUUGUACCUACAGUUGGUGUGACCAUUGAUGAUCAACUAGUUCAUGAUAGCAUCGUUUCUGGACCUUCGAUGGCAGCUGAUCCACCUACACGUAGACCUCGAUCGUUGAGGCUGAAGAAGGCUAGUGUAAACACAAAGACGCCAUACACACGAUCUGGUCGCAAGAGGGGUAAGAGGGAUGCAUAGAAUUUAGAAGUUUACCUAUUUUGAU